AUGCCUACAAAUGCAGCGAGGAACAGAGCCGAAGCUGGAGUACCAAACCCGGUCACAAUCGACAGGCAGGCGAUGGCAAUCAGGGAAUUGGAGCAAGCGAUCGAUGAGGCCGAUGAAGCCGGUGUGAUCAUGUUCUGCUCAGCAAGCGACGACAUAGCCGCGGGAGAAACGCUUCCAUUCCGCCGUAAACCAAGCAAAAUCAUCCGCAUCGGCGGUGCCAUGCAAUACGGCCAUGGCGACCCCAUCUUGGAGGAUUCAGACAGCAUCAGCUAUUGUUUCCCGGGGAACCAGGUCGCCGAGGCGUGGAACCCGUUUCGCGGCGCGUCACAAGUGCGCUACCACGACGGCUCCUCGGUGGGCAUGGCGCUGGCCGCGGGCCUGGCGAGCGUCAUCAUUCAGUGCGUCAUCAUGCUGCGCGACAGACACCCGGCCGACAGCGCCCAGCACCGCGACGCUCGGGGUCUGGUUGUGGCGUUGAGGAAAAGCAAGAAUAUGAGGCUGGCGUUCGACAGCGUGUUUGCGGUCAAUGACGAGACCGAGGGUUGGAGGAAGAGGAAGUAUCUGCCCGUGUGGGCGCUUUUUGGUAAGGCGGCUCAGGGGAUGGAGAGUUUGAGGGAUAAUGAACGGUGGGGCGUGUUGGCCAGGUUGAUGAAGCGGAUAUCUGACAGGAUUGAAGUAUAUUGA